ACACCCACUCCCAGUUAGUUAUAAAUCCACACACAAGGAGCUAUUAGUCUUCCAUUCCAUCUCUUCAUCAUCCUUUUCCACUCUUGCCUUUGCUUAUUCAUAUCACUCAUCAUAUUCCACCAUGUCGCAGUUGAACGGAGCCUACUACGGCCCCGCUAUUCCGCCGCAGAAGUCCUACAACCGCCCAGGGCGCGGCAGCGGCGUUGGUUGCUGCUGUGGCUGCCUCUUCAGCUGCCUCUUCAGCCUCAUCUUCAAGGUCAUCCUCACGCUGAUCAUCAUCGUGGCCAUCGCCGUAUUCAUCUUCUGGCUCAUAGUCCGUCCAAACAUGGUGAAAUUCCACGUCACUGACGCCACCCUCACGGAGUUUAACUAUACUAACAACACCCUCCACUACGAUCUUGCCCUGAACAUCACAGUGCGCAACCCUAACAAGAGGCUGGGCAUCUACUACGACUUCAUCGAGGCGAACGCAUUGUUCCACGACGCCAGGUUCAACACCCAGUACCCCGAUCCCUUCUACCAGGGGCACAAGACCACGCACGUGCUCAACCCCGUCUUCAAGGGGGACAAAGUAUUGGUUUUGGACGCUGACCAGAGCUCCGAAUUGAAGAAGGAGAACUCCACCGGGUUGUAUGAGAUCGAUGUGAAGAUGUACCUGAGGGUGAGGUUCAAGCUGGGCGCUUUCAAGACCAAGACACUCAAGCCCAAAGUCAGCUGCGACUUGCGCGUGCCUUUCAAGGGAAGCGCCACGGCCUUUGAAACCAUCAAGUGCGACUGGGAUCGCUGAUGGAUUCGGAUCCUUCCACCCACCCGACCCGAUCUGUUCUUAUGACACAUUCGUGGCUUUUUCAUAUUUUUUUAUUGGUUAGUUUUGGUCCUUGAAUUCAGAGAUUUUACUAUUAUACUCUUGCAUGUAUACUCUUCAUUGUAUGUAUCUACGCUUGACUACUGUAUCCUCUCCUUCUGUUCGGCCGAGGGGAUUUUUGGUUUAUUCUUUUACAUUACACUUGUUUGUUAAUAAAUAAAUUUCUUAUUUCGUCCUCU